UGCUGGGCCCUCGGGAGCUCAAAGGGUCCUGGGGCGCAGGCGGUGCUGCCCUCCUUACCAGCAAGGCGGAGCCCGUAGUAACAUCCGGCAGGGAAAUGGUCGUGGUUUCUGUGCCCGCCGAAGUCACCGUAAUCCUGUUAGAUAUCGAAGGUACCACAACCCCGAUUGCUUUCGUGAAGGACAUUUUAUUUCCGUACAUUAAGGAAAAUGUCAAGGAGUAUCUGCAGACACACUGGGAGGAGGAGGAGUGCCAGCAGGAUGUCAGCCUGCUGAGGAAGCAGGCUGAAGAAGAUGCACAUCUGGAUGGGGCUGUCCCGAUACCUGUGGCAUCUGGUGGUGACGUGCAGCAGAUGAUCCAGGCUGUGGUAGACAAUGUGUCCUGGCAGAUGUCUCAUGACCGCAAGACCACGGCGCUCAAGCAGCUGCAGGGCCACAUGUGGAAGGCGGCGUUCACGGCUGGCCGCAUGAAGGCAGAGGUCUUUGCAGAUGUGGUCCCUGCCGUUAGAAGGUGGCGGGAAGCCGGGAUGAAGGUGUACAUCUAUUCCUCAGGGAGCGUGGAGGCGCAGAAGCUGCUCUUCGGACAUUCCACAGAGGGAGACAUUCUGGAGCUCAUCGAUGGUCACUUUGAUACCAAGAUAGGACACAAAGUGGAAAGUGACAGUUACCGGAAGAUUGCAGACAGCAUCGGCUGCUCAACCAACAACAUCCUAUUUCUCACGGAUGUCACUGUAGAGGCCAGUGCUGCCGAGGAAGCAGACGUGCAUGUGGCUGUGGUGGUGAGGCCUGGCAAUGCGGGGCUAACCGACGACGAGAAAACCUACUACAACCUCAUCUCGUCCUUCAGCGAGCUCUACCUGCCGUCUACACAGAGCAAGGUCUGAGGAGAAGUCACUGUUCCCCCUAGUGUCUAGCUUCAUUCUAUGUAAAAGUAACUUACUAUGUGUGCACAUAGGCAUAUGCGAGAGUAUAUACGUGGCUAUGCGCUCAGAUUAAUUUCCUUGGGCACAUAAUGUGAGAGAAGUAGUCAGUUCCAUGAGGCCAAAUCCGUGUAAAGACACUUUGUGUGUAGACCGUAAAUCUCAGUCUUGCCAAGGCCAGAGUGUAUUUGCUAAAGAAACUACAAAAAUACAAAUUUGUGAUGUUUAUCAAAUUGUUUACCAAAAUGGAAAGCUAGUUUUGAGAAAUUAUUACCCUGAGACCAUAUAUUUUAAAACCUGGAAGUGCUUCGCAGGCACCCAUAAGAGGAGCCCAUUGCCCGUCCCAAGAGUGCGCGCCCAACCGCCGCACUAAGACUCACGGCCCGGCCUUCACGAGACUGCGGCGUUGCUCCUGCUCAGAGCAGUUCUGGGAAAGGCGGUUUGGUCUCAGGACGGACCGACCGGUGCUAGCAGGCGUGAGUGGAACAGCUGAGGCCGAGGUGGGCACCCUAACCCUGUCAGUGUCAGCCUGUGUCAUGGUUGCCUUUCUAUGUCUUACUGAGAAUAUAUGUUAAUGACUAUUUUUUUUAAAAAUGUUUUAUUGAAACUGGUGUAACCCCACAAAGAGCUCUAAUGUGUAAUAUUUCCUCAGAUGAUAUAAAGAUGUAAAUUUUAUAACAGCAUUGCUUGUCCUGAUGCUGUUCUAACAGGAUUUGGUGUCAGUUUCCUGUAGUUAAUAAUUAAUAAAAGCUUUUUCUUCUUUCAGUUUCA